UCGCAAACGGCGUCGGGUUUUUGUUCCACUGCUACUACGAAUUUUACAAUUCCCUGCAUUUGCGUAGACAGACUCCCAUAAUAAAACAAAGAAAAAGUCGGAAGCUUUUUUCGCGGCAGUUAUAGUCUCUGGACUGUGUGAGAUUGAAAAUGGGGAGAACUACCAGCAAAGACGCACAAGCACUCAUCCAUUCUCUUCGUUCUGCUUAUGCUGCCACUCCUACUAGCCUUAAGAUCAUCGAUCUGUAUGUGGGUUUUGCAGUUUUGGCUGCUAUAAUUCAGGUAGUUUACAUGGCCAUUGUUGGGUCAUUUCCGUUCAACUCUUUUCUCUCUGGAGUACUUUCUUGUAUUGGGACUGCAGUCCUUGCUGUUUGUCUCCGUAUCCAAGUGAACAAGGAAAACAAGGAAUUCAAGGAUUUACCACCAGAGCGUGCCUUUGCUGAUUUUGUUUUGUGCAAUUUGGUGCUCCAUUUGGUGAUUAUGAAUUUCCUAGGUUAAGAUCGAGCCUUUCUGGUCUGCAGGAUCCAUGUUUCGUUGGGCUGUAACUGUGAUGUUUACAGAGUAAUUUCAUCUAUUCAGCAAAUUUUUCUUACGACAUGGCUUAUUCUUGAUUGCUGACUUGCAAUUGAUAUUUUUGUUAUUUAUUUGUUUGCAAUGAUGAGAAGUUUGCAUUGCUAGUAAGAAAAUGCAAUUGAGCAUACUGAAAAACUGCAGUGAUCAAACCUCUGUAAUAGAUCCUUAGCUAGCAAAGUUUGUCCUUAAAACUGUCCCUUCUCCCUUUGAAUAAAUGUUAUGAUUGUGAGGCA